AUGGAGGAGCAUGUGAAAUUGGUGAGGAAAGUAUUGCAGAAGCUGUUGGAGGCGCAUUUGUUUGCCAAACUGUCUAAGUGCAAUUUCCAUAAAGAACACAUUGACUAUUUGGGGUAUUGGAUAUUGCAUCAGGGGAUUGAGAUGGACCCAGCCAAGGUGAGGGAUGUAAUUGGCUGGGAGGCUCCCAAGAUGCAGUGGCAGCUUCAAAGUUUCCUGGGCCUUGCUAAUUUUUACCACCAGUUCAUUCUGAACUUCGCGCAGGUGGCGCUUCUGCUCACAGAUUUAUUAAAAACUAAGGGCAAGGAUAAAGCGAAAGCCUCAAAACCCAGGGCUCCACUAGCCUGGUCCAGGGAAUGCCAGGAAGCCUUUGAAGAGUUAAAGCACUUGUUCAUGGCAGAACGAAUUCUGAAACACCCCGACCCGGAUAAGCCAUUUGUCAUUCAGGCAGAUACUUCCACUGUGUCAGUGGGGGCUUCCUGUUGCAAAAAGUGGAAUCAGGGGAGUUAUACCUGUGUGCCUACAUUUUGUGGAAGUUCUCAGAGACGGAGAGGCACUGCUACUGGGCAAGACUUUGUGCCAAUCCCGAAGCUACCUCAGGAGUCUACUCAGACUGACAAUUACACCUCAUCUGAAUGA